AGUAAGUAACACUUUUAUAAUUUGAUUGGGUGAAAUUAAAUUCGAAAGGAUAUCUGUAGAAAGAUAAAAACAUGGACGAAUCAAAACCAGGUACAUCGAUAGAAAUUAUCGACGAAAUAAAUACGGAAAACGAAUUGACAAACAAAUUUCUAAGUGGUGAAAUGUCUUUCGCUGAUUACUCAACCGAAUGGUUUGAUUACGAAGAUGAAGAUGAUGUCGAAACAAACAGAAGGAUCGUGGAUGAGUCGAGGCAGAGUAAUCUUAUUGCUGAGAAGGGUGUUAUAAGACGACGUAAAGCAACUCGGUUAACACCAGCACUUUUAGGUCUAAUGGGUGAAGCAAAUUUGCGUUUUGCAAGAGGAGACAAAGAAACUGCAGAGCGCAUGUGUCAAGAAAUUAUAAAGCAGAUACCUACAUCAGCAGAGCCUUAUCAAACACUAGCUCAGAUAUAUGAAAAUGAUCCAGAGAAGUCUCUGCAAUUCUCUUUACUGGCAGCACAUUUAAGCCCUUCAGAUCCCAAUGAAUGGUUGAGAUUAGCCGCUAUAUCUAAAGAAAGAGGAGAUAUCAAACAAGAAAUGAUGUGUUACACACAAGCUAUAAAAGCAGAUCCACAUAAUUUAGAAAUUCAUUUAAAAAGACUUCAGGUGUUAGAUUAUUUAGAAGAAGCAAAAUAUCCCCUCAAUUCAUUCAAUGUUAGUCAUGUAAAGUGUUACCAUAAAAUAGCAACUUCAUUACCAGCAAGCGAAGCAGACACAGUCAUGAAAUAUGCUAGGCUUGGUGUUACUAUAUACCACAACAGUAAUGAAAUCGAAAGAGCUUUAGAUUUGAUGGGAGCUGUAUAUAAAAAAUGUCCUGCAGCUUUUAAUAUUGAAGAUCUUAACAUUCUAUUGGAGCUAUUAAUAUCAAGGAAACAAUACCAGACAUGUCUGGAAGUGUUUGUUGCAAGUGCAGGAGUAACAAUAGAAGCCGAAAUUCAGACUGUAAAGAAUUCUAAGGGUGAUAUAGAAGAGCAAACCAAUUAUAUUAAAUGUUGUAUGCCUAAUGAUCUGCAAAUUGACUUAAAAAGCAAACUGUUAAUUUGUUUUAUAUAUCUUGGUGCAACUGAUUUGAUUCCAAGUCUCCUUAAUGAUUUCUUGUCUAAUGAAGUUGAGAAAGCUGGUGAUCUGUACAUGGACAUAGAAGAAGCAUUGACUGCAAUGGGUUACCAUGAUUUGGCCAUGCAGCUGUUAGAGCCACUAGUCAAAAAUACCAGUUUUGAUCUUGGUGCUGUCUGGCUCAAACAUGCCGAUUGCUUGCACAAUUUAGGUCAGGAUGAUGAUGCUAUUCAAUCAUAUAACAAAGUUUUAACUCAUGCACCUCAACAUCCUGAAGCUCGAAAAAAAUUGUAUAAUAUCCUUUUGAAAAAGGGUCAAAUAUCAGAAGCCGUCAAUGCCCUGCAACAAGAUUACCGUUAUGCUAUAAGCAUGGAACUACUUUAUCAACAGUUAUGUGUCUUGAAAGAACACAAUAAAUCUCUUAAAUAUAUGGAAAUUGGGCAAGCUCUGCUUUGUAAAACAUUUGUUCAAUUUAGACAUCCUGAAGAACUUGCUAUCAGCUACAGUCAAAAAAAUCCAAAAAAUUCUGUAGAACAUAUAAAUAAUUUCCGCAGUGUUCGUGGUGAAAGUCUUUACUUACCCAAUGAAAUACACUUUGAUGAAGAUGAAACUUUUAAACUAACUCCCCAACAGGAAUGGGAGCUUUUUAAAGAGUUAUUGGAGAUUGCCUUUAAAAACAAAAAGUUUUUUACAAUGCAACGUUUGACUGCUGGUGCAAUAACUUCAAAGUCUUUAUAUCCACAUCGAGCAGAAAUUGAAUUCCUUUGCUUUCAAUCUUGUCUUUUGAAUAAAGAUUAUGAGAAUGCAAUAAGAUUAGUAAAAGAAUUUGCUCAAAAGUACCCUAAUACUCGGACAUGGAAUCUUCUGGGAUUUCUUGUCAAUACUGUUGAUGAAGGUAAACAUGCACGGUAUAUAAUACGACUUUUCCAGAAAGAUAACCUAGCAGUAAAAAAUAUAUUUCUUGGAAAUAAUUUUUUAACUACUGGAAGAUACAUAGUUGCAUUCAAACAUUUCUUAGAAUAUCAUAACCAUAACCCAAAAGAGCCCUUUUCGGCAUUGAUGGUUGGAAUAUGUUUAUUAGUGAUGGCUUCACAAAGAACUAUGAGCAAAUACCAAAAUUUGAUACUGCAGGGUAUGUCAUACUUACUGCUUUAUCAGAAACUCAGAAAUUGUGAUCAAGAAGCCUACUAUAACUUGGGAAGGGCUUAUCAAAUGUUGAGUAUCAAUAAUUUAGCUAUAGAAUACUAUGAAAAAGCAUUGGCAGCAGGACCGAUUGCUGUCUGCUCUCAGCAUGGAGUCAUGGACUUGACUAGAGAGACAGCCUAUAAUCUUUACAUAUUGUACAAAGAACAAUCGCCUCAAAUGGCUAGGAAAUAUUUGAAUAAAUAUCUUGUUAUAUGAAUUUUAUAAGAAUAAAUAAAAC